UUUUUUUUCAUUUUAUAUAUGUUUUUACAUUUUCUAAUGUUUAGCUUCCUAAGUUUGCGUGAAUAAUGUUUACUAUAAAAGGCCCACAAACAAGGACAUAGCUCAUAACAAAUUCGUAUCAUUCACCCUACAAAAAAGUUUGUGCAACCACAUAUUUUUGUUGCAUACCAACCUCUUUGCCAUAAUCCGGCAGUGAACAACCAUGGUUUCUGAUGGGGGGCACUCGAAGAAUGUGUGUGUUAUCGGUGCCGGACCGUCAGGGCUGGUGGCGGCGAGGGAGCUGAGGAAGGAAGGUCACACUGUGGUGGUUUUGGAGCAAAACCAUGAUGUCGGUGGCCAGUGGUUGUAUGAGCCUAAUGUAGAGAGUGAAGACGCUUUAGGAAAGAACAAAUUUCUAAGUGUACAUAGUAGCAUUUAUGACUCUCUAAGGACUGCAUCCCCUAGGGAGAUCAUGGGAUACAGUGAUUUCCCAUUUUUGGUGAAGAAAGGUAGGGACAUGAGGAGAUUUCCAGGCCAUAAGGAACUUUGGUUGUACCUAAAAGAUUUUUGUGAGUGGUUUGAGUUGGAAGAUAUGAUAAGGUUUAACACAAGGGUUGAGUAUGUGGGAAUGUUGGAUUAUGGUGAGUUUGGGAAAGAUCUAAAAUGGGUCGUGAAGAGCAAAGAAAAGAAUACUGAGAAAGUGGUGGAAGAGGUGUUUGAUGCUGUGGUUGUAGCCACUGGUCAUUACUCUCAUCCUAGAUUGCCCUCAAUUAAAGGAAUGGAAUCAUGGAAAAGGAAGCAAAUGCAUAGUCACAUUUACAGAGUUCCAGAGCCAUUUCGAAAUGAGGUGGUGGUGAUUGUUGGGAGCUCCCAAAGUGGGCAAGAUAUAUCAAUGGAGAUUGUGGAAGUGGCAAAGGAAGUUUACAUGAGUGCCAGAUCCCUUGAUAUUACUGAGGGUUUAUCCAAAGUCAUUUCCAAGCAUCAGAACUUGCAUCUUCAUUCACAGAUAGAGUGCCUUCAAGAAGAUGGGAUGGUUCAAUUUGGGGAUGGCUCUUGUGUCAUAGCUGAUACUAUCAUAUAUUGCACAGGGUAUUCAUACACAUUGCCAUUUCUUGACACCAAAGGAAUAGUAGUUAUUGAUGAUAACAGAGUGGGACCUCUUUUUGAGCACACUUUCCCUCCAUCACUUGCUCCAUCCCUCUCCUUUGUAGGCAUUCCAAGAAAGCUGAUAGGGUUCCCUUUCUUUGAGUCACAAGCAAAAUGGAUAGCACAAGUGCUUUCAGGGAAAAGAAGGUUGCCAUCAUGGGAUGACAUGAUGCAGUCCAUUAAGGAGUUUUAUCACUCUAGGGAACUUGCUGGUAUUCCAAAGUAUAACACACACGACCUUGCUGAUUUCCAGUAUUGUGAUAAAUAUGCAGAUUAUAGCGAAUCUCCACAUUUGGAAGAAUGGAGGAAACAACUGUGCAUGUCAUCCAUAGUAAACUCUAUUGCCAACUUGGAGACUUACAGGGAUUCAUGGGAUGAUGAUGAGUUGCUCCAAGAAGCUCUCCAAAGCCCUCAUUUCACUCAACUUGGGCCUCACCCUUAAUUUUGCUGUUUAUUUUGCUUUAAUCUUCUUCAUCUUGUUUUUAUUUUGAACCUAAGUUCUAAGGCUUUGCUUGUCAAGAAAUGUGCAUUUUGUUGUAUUGUAUGGUGAUUGGUGAAGGUUUAUUGGUUAAAUAUGUAUAUCUUUCUUUCAAUUUGUAAGCAAAAAUUGUAUUAUUUUUUGCUUUCAAAAGUCAAAGAAAAAUGCAUCACAAAAUUA